CAAGAGCAUGACGUAUGAACACCACUAAUAUGUUUAAUAUCGCAUUAUUUCUUUAAACAUAAAAUUGAUUUAAAAUGUACAUCAGUAUUUAUAUUAUGAAAGAUGUCAUGGUUUAAAGCGAAUAACAAUUAAAUUGCAUUUCAAUAAACGCUCGUCUAUAAGUUUUUCAUUCUUAACUUUCAAAGAGAAAUAUUAGACUUGGUUAACAAUAAAUUCUGUAGCUAAAAAUAAGUACCUACUUCACAAUGCGAAAUUGUAACUUGUAAGAUGUUUCUCCCGAUAUAAUGAGUUAAUCUUUAACUAUGUAACUGGGUAAAGAAAUGUUUAGUUGUGCGAUGUCUAAAAAAUUCUUUCAGACGUCGAUUCGUCGUUUUUUGGGGAUGUGGAACCAUCAUAAGUAUAGUAAAAUGAAUUUGAUGCUAUCCCGGAUUAAAACGAAUAGUGAAAAAAAUAAAGAAUACGUGCUUUGGACAGGUUUUUUCUCUAUAUGGCCAAGUAGUAUGGACAAUGAUGAAAGAGCUAAAGAUAAAAAGGCAGUCCUUAUAAAUUCCAUCUUGGAAGUAUCUGAUAAUGUUUUCGAAACAGGAAAAUACGAGGAAUGCUAUAAUUUACUUAUCAAUUGUGAGAAUAAGGAAGACGUAGAAAUAAAAUGGCGUAUUUCACGUGUUCUGUAUAAUAUGGCAAAAGAUCAAAAAUACAAUCAGAGUUACAGGAAAGAGCUGACACUUAAAGCUCACGAAGUGAUCUCUCAGGAGUUGCCAUCUCAUUAUGAUCAUUUCGCUGUACAGAAAUGGUAUGCUCUGACAUUGGAGGCUAAAAGUAAAAGCGAAGGCUUAAAACAAAGGAUAGAACAACUCGAAACGGUUAAAAAGCAUAUGGAUUUAGCGGUUUCUAUGAAUCCAAACGACGCGAGUCUUUUACAUAUGCUGGGUGAGUGGUGUUACCAGAUCACAGAUCUACCCUGGCAUCAGAGGAAAACUGCCGAGACGUUGUACGCAAAAUUGCCAAACUCAACAUACGAAGACGCUCUUGAAUAUUUCUUAAGGGCAGAAGAAGCUCAACCUAGAUUUUACAGUAUUAAUCUACUUAGAUUAGGUAUGUGUUAUUUGAAACUGAAUAUGGAAGACCAAGCUAAAUACUAUUUGAAAUUAGCAGCGAGCUAUCCGGCGAAAUCGAAUGACGAUCAUCAAGCGAACAAAGAGGCUGCGGAAAUAUUAAAAAAGAUUAAGUAAAUAAAUUAUAAAAUUAUAAUAUCGAUGUUUUAUAUCAAUAGGAUCUUACGCAAAAAUUCAUUUGAUAUCUAACUAAUUCCUAUGUAAAUGUAUUAACUAUACAAUAUAUGUAUAUGUUACCGGAAAUGUAUUUAAUCCGUCAUUGUAUACAGUUCCUAGGAAAUGUUUGUAAUUCCUAAUAAACAUACCCUAGGAAAUCUAUAUAUUUUCUAAAUAGCAAUCAUAAAUGUAAACUUUUGAAUUAUCAAUACGAUGUUGUAAACAAUAUUUUAUAAUUCUGGAAACAUAUAUAUAAAUGUAUAUAUAAAUCCCAAUAAAACAGUUAAGAUAAUUAGGGAAACCAUAACUAUCAAAGAUGCAAAAUUUAUGGUUAUUUAGGUCAUAUAGACAAUAACAUGUUACUACUCACUACUGAUGAUACAUAUACACUUUAAGGAAACGGAACUCAAUUUUAAUAUAAACACGAUUUGUUCAACAGUCAUGUUGAAGUCGAAUAAGGCUGAUGUUAUGUAAUUUGUGAUACUUAUAUAUAAAAUUUCUUUGCAUUUACUUGUUAGUUGAGUAAAUUAUUAUUUUACCCUGAGAAACCGAAAUCAUGUGUUACACUAUAGUUAAAAAUAAGAACUGUUUAAAUAUCCUAAACAAGAUACAUUUAACACUGCUACCGAUUCCUGUAACAUUUUAAAUCACUGUCUUGCUAAAACAAAAUUUGGUAACUCCAGUACAAUGUAUGUAAAAAGUAUUCAUUAUAAUAAGUUUUUUUUCAAUAUUUGAAUUUGAAUUUGAACUCAAAACAUUCGUUUCAAAUUAUGAGGAUCUCACACUGCAUUUUCACCAUAUAUAUACGGCUGUGUAUAUUUGUAUCUUUGACACAAACUCAUAGGUUUGCAUUAAGGAUUAAAAAAAUAUAACAACAAAAUUUUUUAAUCAUUAUUUUAUAUUGUUACAUUAUUUUUGAAAAAAAAACAUUUAUGAUAUAAUUAAGAAUAAAUAUAUAUUGGUCAUAAACACUAGAUUAUAAUUGAACCCUACAUUACACUCAUACAAAAAGAAAAGAAUUUUCACUUAGGACAUAAGAAAUUGUAUAAAAAAUAAUCUUAAUAAUGUAUAGUAUGUAUAAUGACAGUGUUGAGAAACUAACAAAAAAUAUAUAGUGUUGUAAUUAAAUAAAUAUUUAAAGAACAUAUAUGAAAUGUAAUUACAAUCAAAAACAACUACCAUUAUAUUUAUCAUAAGAAAAAUUAGGGAGUUACAACAACAUCAUGAUUUGUCAGCCAAUUUAAAAUCGAAUACUAAGUUCUAAUACUACAUCAUAAGAAUCAACAUAAGAUAAUAUAAAAUGGGAAAAAUUUUAACUUAUGAAAUUCUUCACAAUAAAAAUGUUAUUUUAAA